CUUUGUUUUUUCAUCAAUUUUCUCAUUUUCCCCAGCAUUUUAGGAAUUUUGGAGGGAAAACUCAAUGAAACAUUCCUCAAUGUUUCAUUGAAUUUCAUUGAAAUGAAACACGGAGGAGCAGCACCAUGUGGCGCCGCCUGGGAGAUUUUUAUUGAAACAACAAAAGUGUUUACUUUCCUGAGAAAAAAAUACCACAAAAUGACCUCAAAAAGACCCAAAUUGUGCAUUUUAUGUUCCGGACCGAUACUAGGAUUCCUCAGUGAGGUCCUUGUGAACGAUACAAUGUGGUCUGUGCGUGAUAUGUUGCAUUCCUUCUCCACAAAGCUGGAUGAAAAUAUUCCCCCGGAAGAGAUUGUUUUGUGUGAAACGUGCGCAAUGGAACUUACGGGAGCCUUUGAGUUCCUUGUUAAGGUGCAAAGUGUCGAGGAGAAGCACCUGACGGAUGAUUCAGUUCUCAUUGAAUUUCAUGACAUUGCGGAGGAGGACAAGGAGGAAGCGCAGGUGGAGGAUGAAGUGAAUGUUAUUUAUGAGAAGAUCCCAUCACCAGAAAUGAGGGAAAAGUCUCCCCCGGCAAAGAAACGGAAGGAGCUGGUGAAACGAGUGGAGGAAGACACGGAAUUUCCUUCUAAGGUUGUCAUCUACCCCCAAUUUGUCGUCUGCCGGGUGGAGAGUAAGCAAUUGGCGGAGGAUGUGGCGUCAGGGAGGAUCAGUGAGAGUUUCCUCAAACGCAGACAUAACCUCAAAACACUCGACGUCACGGGAGUUGUGUUCUCCAUGAGCAAUCCGGGAGUGCUGGAGCAGGAUGUGGUGGAAGCGGAACAAGAUAAGGAUGACAUGUACCUCUGUAGGUACUGCCCAAAGUCCUUCAGCACUGCCCAUCAUCUCAUGAUGCACACCCGGAAGGCGCACAUGUGCCAAUUCUGCCUUCAGGGAUUCACCAAACUCGACGAUCUGCACAUUCACAUUGAGAAUGAGCACAAGCGCUUUGAGUGCCACUUCUGCCCGCGCGAAUUCACGUGCAACAACAACCUCAGGACGCACAUCAAGAAGCGCCACGGGGUACCCCUGCCUGCCUAUGUUUCCCUCAUUACCGUGGAGAAGGAAGCUGGCACAACGGAGGAAGAUCCUCCAGCGGACACAAUGCAGGAAGUUCAUGUAAUUGAAUGAAGGAAUAAAGGUUUUUUUUUGCACAAA